UAUCAACCUCGUCUUUUCUGUCCUCACCGGUCCCCUCCGCUGCAUUUUCAUGUUGAAUUUGCCACUGUCGAGAACUGCUCCCCGGAGCGAAAAAGCGAAGCGAUCUCGGCAUCAUCAUUGCAGCUGCGAUUCGCCCACUCGCGCAUGGAUUCCCAGCCAGUGGUCGAAUUCUUGGGCUGCGUCCCCUUGCUGCAGAAGCUGCCGACCGCGUCCCUCCGGAAGAUCGCCGACGCCGUGACGUUCAAGCACUAUGAUAAAGGAGCCUAUGUUGUUCACGAAGGAGAUGCUGGUGAAGGAGUGUACUUCAUCUGGGAGGGCGAGGCUGAAGUCUCUGGACCGGUUGACUCGGAGGACCCUGAUUUCCGCUUGACUAAAUAUGAUUAUUUUGGCCAUGGUACAGCAACAUCGGUUCACGCUGCUGAUAUAAUUGCUUUGUCAAAGCUUACCUGCUUAGUGCUACCGCAUGAGCACUGCCAUUUGCUACAGCCUAAGUCAAUAUGGAGAUCAGAUGAAACAAAUGAAACGUGCUGUCUUGUUGAGCGUAUUCUACACCUGGAACCCAUAGAAGUUAACAUAUUUCAAGGGAUCACUUUGCCGGAGGCUCCGAGAUUUGGGAAAGUCUUUGGCGGGCAGUUGGUUGCACAGGCUGCAGCUGCAGCAUCAAAAACUGUUGACUGUCUUAAGGUUAUUCACAGUUUGCAUGUUUAUUUUCUUCUGGUUGGGGACCUUAUUAUGCCAAUUAUAUACGAAGUUCACCGACUACGCGAUGGUAAAAAUUUUGCAACCCGCAAAGUAGAUGCAAUUCAAAAAGGAACAGUCAUCUUCACGUUGGUUGCUUCAUUUCAGGCUGAAGAAGAAGGAUUUGAACAUCAGGUCGUAAUGAUGCCAUCAGUUCCCGCUCCAGAGACGCUUCUAUCAUUGGAAGAUCUACGAGAAAGGCGUCUUAUUGAUCCUCGUCUACCCAGGGGUUACCGAAACAAAGUGGCCACGACAAAGUUUAUUCCAUGGCCUAUAGAGAUACGAUUUUGUGAGCCUAGCAACGCCACCAAUCAGACCGAAACCCCUCCCAGUUUGAGGUAUUGGUUCAAAGCAAAAGGGAAGCUCUCAGACGACCAGGCCCUGCAUAGAUGUGUGGUGGCAUUCGCUUCAGAUCUAAUAUUUUUGGGGACUAGCUUGAAUCCUCACCGUAGAAAGGGUCUGAAGACAUAUUCCGUUAGUCUCGACCAUGCGAUGUGGUUCCACCGAAAUUUAAGAGCUGAUGACUGGAUUUUAUUUGAGGUUUUGAGUCCCAUCGCCCACAGUGCUCGUGGCCUUGUAUCUGGUCGAAUGUUUAGUAGAAAUGGGGAGCUACUCGUGACCCUCGUGCAAGAGGGCUUAAUUAGGAAGGCUAAACCAUCGGCUUCACUUGCUCCAUCGAAGCUGUGAUGUCCAAGCAAGGCAUUGCAUAAAUAAUCCCGAUUCCUCUUGUUUAGUUCUAUAGAGUUUCAAAUUUCGCUUUCUAUUCCACAGUUGCCAUUCUUCAUAGUGUCGACAUAAAUAGCAUUCUAGAUGAUGCACGAGAACCAUGGGUUUGGCCUUCCUGCGAACCGCAUUAAGGGUGGUGAACCUUUUCUUGUAACGGAAGUAACUGUCGGAGGCUGCCAACCUCCGGGCAUCACUUGAGUUUUUCUUAGUUCCAAGUCUUGAUUAAAUUAGACAUCGAAUA